UACAUAAAAAAACAAUUUUACAAAUAUCUCCACAACACCCACCACGCCCCCUCCCCCCGCGUUCCAAAUUCAAAAUACGCUCUUUCACGCGAAUGAACGCGGCAGACUGAGUACUAGACAUGGUUGCGAGGUAACGGCGGUCAGUUGGAAUCGACUAAUUAAAACACUGGUCAAAAUGGCGGAAAGAUAGCGUCGGUAAAUACUGUAAUGUUGUAAUUUUAGCACAGAGGGUUUGGCAUUUUGAGAAGGAAGAUGUUAUGGAGGAAAGAAUAGGACCCUUGACUUUUAUCUCAAACUUUGACUCGGGAAAUUUGGCCCGAGUCGAAAGAGUGAAAUCAGAGGAAAACAAUUCCUCCAAUCACGAAGAUGAUGGGACAACCGUGAUUAUUCCAGACUAUGAUUACAAUGUUUGGACUGCUCCUGACUGUGCGGGGAUGGAGUGUGAAAAUCCAAACAGAACAUGGUUUUACUUUGGUGUUAGAGGGGGCCAAGCAGGAAAACUUUUAAGAAUAAAUGUCAUGAAUUUGAACCGACAAGGCAAGUUAUACAGCCAAGGCAUGGCCCCACUGGUGAAGGCAGUCCCAUCAAGGAAUAAAUGGGAAAGACUUAGAGAUAAACCUAAAUAUGAGACAAUCGAUGGGCAAUUUCGACUUUCAUUCACCUAUCGCUUUCCUGAUCAACGCAAUGGAGUACAUUAUUUUGCGUUUUGCUAUCCAUAUUCUUACUCUGAGUGCCAAGCAAAGCUGGAUGAGUUGGACAGGAGCUUCCUAAUAUGUCAGCAAAUGACACCCUCUUCACCAAAAGACGCUAUUUAUUUUCAUCGAGAACUGCUCUGUUAUUCAUUGGACAGCCUUAGAGUAGAUCUUUUGACAAUAACUUCUGUUAAAGGCAUGCUGGAUAGCAGGGAGCAAUGGUUACCCCAUCUCUUUCCUGAUAAAACUGUUCCAAGAGCACAAAGGUUUGAAGGAAAAAAGGUGUUUUUCUUGAGUGCUAGAGUGCAUCCCGGUGAAACACCAUCAAGUUUUGUGUUCAAUGGAUUUCUGGACUUUAUUUUACGAAAAGAAGAUCCUAGGGCUGCUGCAUUACGGAACCAAUAUGUUUUCAAAAUGAUACCAAUGUUAAAUCCAGAUGGUGUCAAACGUGGUCAUUACCGCACUGAUCCUCGAGGUGUGAACUUGAACCGUGUGUACACUGAUCCAGAUCCUCUUCUUCAUCCUUCAAUAUUUGCCGCCAAAAGUAUCAUCGCUUAUCAUCACACUAAAGGAGACUUCAAUCAAAAUUCAGAUCUCAACAAGUUGUGUGAAUGCGAUACUGAGAAGUCAGUUGAGACUUUUAAUAGCCUGGACAGCUCAGUCAUUGACACCGCUAUGGAAUCUGUGGUCAAGAGUGGCAUUUUGGAUGUUGCGUCAAUUCCUCCAGAGUUAAAACCAGGUUCACCUGAUUCCGAGUCUGUCAAAAUGGAAUUACAAAGUUUGGCAAACAGUGCAGUAUUAGACAAGGAUGAUAAUAAUAACAAGAAUGAAGCACUGUCGGCAAACUUGAACACCUUGACGCUGGAAGAUGUCCCUUUACCUGACAAAGUUCAGGCUGACUUAUUAAGCGCUGAUACUCAGAAGGACACUUCAGUUGUCAACCAACUUUCAAAUGACAGUACUAGUAGUAUGUCAAGUGACUGUCAUUCGGAGAAACAGGCAAAUAUUGGCCCCCUUAAAGAAGCUCAGUUUAAAAAGGUGCUAAGUAAUAAAAGAGAAUCUCCAAAGUGCAACAACUGUUUGUCAAAGACUUCAUCAGAAGGCAAUAGUGGUGUCGCAUACUAUGUUGAUCUACACGGUCAUGCCUCGAAGCGUGGAUGCUUUGUUUAUGCAAACUAUCUGGAGAAUGAAGAUAACUAUGUCAAUUCCAUUUUGUUUCCAAAACUUAUUUCCAUGAAUUCAGCUAACUUUGACUUUGCUGCUUGCAAUUUCACUGAAAAGAACAUGUACAGCAAGGAUAAACGAGACGGCAUGUCUAAAGAAGGUAGCGGAAGAGUUGCUAUUUAUAAAGCCACAGGAAUUGUUCAUAGCUACACCCUGGAGUGUAACUACAACUGUGGACGAACGGUGAACAGUCUUGCGCCUGCCACUUGUGAUGGUGGAUGUGCCACACCUCCUCCUGGACCAGGGUUCCCGCCUAAGUAUACACCGGAAAUUUUUGAAGAGGUUGGACGAGCAAUGGCAGUUGCUGUGCUUGACAUGAACAAUUCCAACCCAUGGUCACGUCUUCCUCUCAGUGAGUUCACAUCUUUGGAAGGGGUGAAGAACUGGGUCAGAAGAUUUGUCAAGAGUUCCAAGAAUGCACCCUCAGUCCCCAAGAAACUCUCUCGGGUUAUUACUAAAACUUCAAGCAUGGUGGCAGGUGCAACAGCAAGUACUCGUCAGAAAUUAUCGAUAUUGACAAGUUCAUCAAGUGACACAUCUGAUAACAAUGCUGCUGGAGGACUCAGAACAGCAGACCGUCCCUCUCAGAAUGGUGCAAAUGCUAUCAAGGAAGCUGGUAAAAAGACAACUGGAGAUGUAAGCCUGGCACGGCGUCCAUUUAACUUGACAAGUACAAGAAAGUCAUUGCAGCAAACACCAGGGACCUCAGCUGGGAAAAACCAAGAUACAAGCUCCUCUUCACCUGGGACACUGCCAGGAGGGACCAAUAGAGAUCCUUUACCUGGGACAGGUCCACCAAGGCUACCGGUGUAUAAACCAAAAGAACAACCAAGAGUGUCUCUAGAGCUUCCUAAAACAGGUCCAACAUUGAGACUGGUACAUAACUUCCGUCAUCAACAGCAAGUCCAUGUGCCUCACAUGUCACCUUCAAGUAAAUCUUUAUCAUCUCCUGUUGAGAUCAAAAUGAGCACUAUUGAUGUCCAAAAGCAAUUCACUGGUUUUAACAGAGGAAAACCAAGUCCAGUGAAAAAUGGUCAUAACAGCCACAGUGAUGAAGAAAAGAAAAAGAAAAAUCUACAGCAGAAGAGGAAAAAUGGAAGAAAGAAAGAGAAAAUUGGGGAAGCAGCAGUCAAUGACCAGAUGCAACCACAACAAAUCUCUUUGCCAAGAGCUCCAGAAGAAGAGAAUGCCCAUGUGAGCACUGUGCAUAUGGAAGAGGAAGGAAAAUCUAAGUGCUCUCAGUUGUCACGGAGAAACAGUUCCAAGAAUUUGAUAAGCUGUAGCAUGAUGUCAUGUGAAGUUGUGGACAUCAAAGAGCUGCCACACACACCCCAGAGUGGCAGCAGUGCAAGUGGCUUGACGUUCUGGACAAACACAUCUGUCAGCUGACAUCAAGGGAGCAGGGAUCAUGAACAAACAGCAAGAUUUAUUUAAUAUUGCAUGGAAAUUAAUAUAUUCUUGAGUAAAUCUAACAUACAGCGAUGGUCAUCACGUUUCUGUUUUAUUGUUUUCCAAAAAAUAUUUUGAUUAAGAUUGAAAAAAGUGAUUUAAUUUACAAUUUACAUUAUUUAUCCUUAGCAAAUUUUAAUGAAGAAGAAAAGGAGCAUUUAUUUUAAGUGUUUUUAGUGUGAGUGAGAUGUUCUAAAGCAUAAGAUGUAGAACUGAACCAACAAAGUAGGUAAAUAUCAUUUUAUACAUGUCAAUGUUUAAAUAAAAUGUUUCUCUUCACACAUGGACAGCAUGUGUGUGUUUGUGGGUGUUCAUAACUUCAAGUUAAUAGUCCUAUUUUUUUGAAGAACUCUGAGUGCCACAUGGUAAUGAUGUGAACUUGUGAGGUUAUGUUAAAUAAUUUUUAUUUGCUCUUCACAAUAAAGUCAUUACACACUUGUUCA